AUGGCGUGGUCUGCUAUAAAGCCCAGACAAUUGGAGGAUGGUUUUGGUUCCUUUGAGUUUCAGUUUCAGACCCAGAAGAGGAUAAGGUCUUCUAGGGUUUCUGAGAAUGUAGCCGUUGAGGAAAAGUCGACCGUUGGUCUUCCUCUGCGCAAGGGUCUGGCUUCGUCUGCUACAAAAAAUGCCGACCCAGAAUCAGAAGAUCUGGGUGUUGAUGAAAUCUGUCAGACCCAGAAGAGGAAGAGGUCUUCUAGGGUUUCUGAGACCCAACGGAAUGUAGCCGUUGAAAAAAAGUCGACUGUUGGUCUUCCUCUGUGCAUGGGUUUGGUUUCGUCUGCUACAAAAAAUGCCAAACCGGAAUCAGAAGAGGGUUUUGAUGAAAUCUGUCAAACCCAGAAGAGGAAGAGGUCUUCUAGGGUUUCUGAGACCCAACGGAAGGAAAAGUCGACUGUUGGUCUUCCUCUGCGCAAAGUCAAAGUUUUGGUUUCGUCUGCUUCAAAAGAGACGUUGGAUUGUUCUAAGGUCUUGGAUUCUCUGAUGAACCUCGGCCAUGCGAGCUACUUCAACAAGCCUGUUGUUGAUCCUGUGGCUGAGAAUUUGCCGGGUUAUUUCGACGAAAUCUGGAGGCCGAUGGAUUUGGGUACUGUGAAAUCGAAAUUGGAGAAGGGUGUCUACUCCAGCGCUGAUGGCUUUGCUGCUGAUGUCAGGCUUAUCUUCUCAAACGCUUUCAGAUAUUUCCCCCUUGGGAGUAGAAAUCGUGCAGCAGCCAAGCAUCUCAGUGGGGUUUUUGAGACCCAGUGGAAAGAAGCCGAGGAGAAAAUGUCAAAGACUGCUUGUCCUCCUCCUACUCCUCCUCUGCCCAAACGGAGACCAAAUGGCAAGAGCUCUUCUGCUUGUAGGGUUCUUAUACAAAGUCAAGAGGUUGUUGGGGUUUCUGAUUCUCACUCAGUUAAGUCAACCAAAGAUGAUGACUUGGGCACCCUUGUUCAUCAUGCCAUGUAUCAGGCCACAGACAAUCUUUCUCCAUGUAAGGCUAGGCGAAUUCAGUCGCUCAAGAUGCGAUUUUCAGAUACAAUACGAAAAGCAAACAAGAUACUUAAGGGUCUACCUGAUUCUCCACCAAGGAGAAAAUUGAUGCAUCGGAUGGAUCAAAGGGAGUUGGCUCGCCGUGCCGUUUUGAACAUGGAGAAGUCAGUCCAAUUUGAGGACCCUUUAAGGGAUCUCAAACAACUUGAGAUUCUGUGUGGCUGUGGCAGUGAAAGGGUCUACCUUGGAUUGCCCCUUAAGCAUUUGGGUUUGUACCUCAAAGAAGAUGACGAGUUACAGGGUCAGGACGAGGAGGCUUUUCUGAAUGCAGAUCAGGAGGAAGGCGAGAUCUGCUGGCAGGAAAGCAAUUGGGAGGAAGAUGAGGUUUCCAAUGUGGAUAUGUUUUUGUGUGAUUGCUAUUUGAUGGCUAAUGCAACUGAGAGCAAAUGGUUUGGUCACGAGGGACAAAAGUAUGCCACAGACAAUCUUUCUCCAUGUAAGGCUAGGCGAAUUCAGUCGCUCAAGAUGCGAUUUUCAGGUACAAUACGAAAAGCAAACAAGAUACUUAAGGGUCUACCUGAUUCUCCACCAAGGAGAAAAUUGAUGCAUCGGAUGGAUCAAAGGGAAUUGGCUCGCCGUGCCGUUUUGAACAUGGAGAAGUCAGUCCAAUUUGAGGACCCUUUAAGGGAUGUCAAACAACUUGAGAUUCUGUGUGGCUGUGGCAGUGAAAGGGUCUACCUUGGAUUGCCCCUUAAGCAUUUGGGUUUGUACCUCAAAGAAGAUGACGAGUUACAGGGUCAGGACGAGGAGGCUUUUCUGAAUGCAGAUCAGGAGGAAGGCGAGAUCUGCUGGCAGGAAAGCAAUUGGGAGGAAGGUGAGAUCUGCUCAUGA